CAUACGUGAGGACAUCCCCCCCAAAAAGUGUCAGAGUGUUGUAUGCGCAGGGAAUAGUUGCUCUAUUUCCAUAUCUGGAGGACCCAUAUUCACAGCAUGGAUAUGAACAUUACUACGACCCAGAGAGUGGGUCCGGAUACCUUGCAUGGCGGUUGAAAACCAUCCAACGAAAAAGUGCAGAGGAAAGAGGUGUGUCUCUGAGCAAAUCUCUUAAAAGUGGUGGGCCAAGCCGUGUUCAACCCAGACCCUUCACUGCUGACAAAGUGUUAUCUGAUGAGGAUGUGGAAGCAGCUAUUGCCGUUUUGAAACACUCUGCUGAUGAAGACACCAUCCGUGAGAAGAUGAAAGCUACCUUCAUUUAUCGUCAGUCAGUGGUCAACAAUGACAAGAGAGCAGGGGAUGUGUUCUCAGUCUUCCCGAGAUUUCUAGACACACCUGGGUGGGUCUCAUCACUCCUUUCUUUGCACUGUAUUUUUGCAUUACAGAUAGAACAAGAUUUCAGACUGCUGUUUGGGGAGGCCACAGCCAACAAAUUCCUGGAAAAGUGGGCCACUGAUCUGAAAACAAAAGUGAUAAAACAAAGCCAUGGACUGGUACCGACCACAGAGCUCUUGGAUUUAACGCGCAAUGCUGAGUCAACUGCUGAAAUUGAGAAUGGCUGGGACAGUGACAUGUCUGCUAUCUUGCUGCUCCUCCAUCUCCUACCACCAUCUGCACAGGGAAGGAAGAGGCCGGGGAAGGUGUCGGCAUGUCAGGCUGUGGAACACCUCAUCAGAUUCAUAAAGGCUGGAACCAGUGUACAGCAGCACCUGGAUAACAUCAGCCAAAUCAGCCAGCCCUACCUCCUCGCUCAGGGGCCUCCAAGAAGCAGCAUUCACACCUUCUUUAUUGUGAUUGACAAGUAUGCGCUUCCAUGUAAGGCAACAGGUUCAGUGGGAGCCCUAGACGAACUCUUUAAGGCCAAUUACGUCUUUGGUACCUCUUACAGCUCUUCCUUGGCCAACUUUUUCACUUUUCUCCAAACAACCAUUUACAACAUUGAUGUUGGGGAAACAAAGGAAACUCCCAGAGUUGCAGAGCUGCGAGCAAGAAUGGUGCGUUAGUUCCCACUUUUAUCAGGCAAGUGGGAAACAGUGGAACCCAUUGAAUGUGUAAUUGGCUCAAGAUUUGACACAAGGAGAAAUAAAAAGACUGGAACAUAUGAUCAGACAGUCGUUCAAGAUAAAUUCAUGUAUGUUCCCAUUUUAUCUACAUUGGAGUCAAUAUUUAAAAGUCAGUAUGUUGCAGAAAUGUUGAAAAGCUCAGACACUGAUGACUCAAUACUCAGAGAUAUUCAUGAUGGAUCUUUUUUUAAGACUCACCCUCUGUUUUCAACUGAAAAGCACACUGUGCAGAUCCAAAUGUUCUAUGAUGACUUUGAGGUUGCAAAUCCUCUCGGUUCCAAGCGAGGUAUUCAUAAAUUGGGUGCAAUAUAUUUUACCUUAAGGAACUUCUCUCCAAAAUGGAAUUCUCUUUUGGCCAACAUACACCUGUGUGCCUUAUUUCAUGCACAAGAUCUUAAACGGUACAGUUUUAGUGAAAUUCUUGCUCCUGUUGUUCGAGAUAUUAAAGUUUUAGAGAAUGAUGGUAUUGAGAUUCCACUAUAUGGUGGUCGUGUUCAUGGCAGUGUGGUACAGGUUACUGGUGAUAAUUUAGGCUUACAUAGCUUGUUUGGUCUGGUCGAGUCUUUCAGUGCAAGAUACUGUUGCAGAUUUUGUUUAACUGAAAAAGAGAACUUUCAAACAGAAUUUUCUGAAGAUUCUUCCAAAAUAGUGUUGCGCACAAAAGACACCUACACUGCUCACUGUCAAGAAAUGGCUGAUAAUCCAUCUCUUCCUUAUGUUUUUGGUGUGAAAAGGUCAUGUUCAUUGAAUUCAUUGUCAUAUUUUCACACAACUGAGAACUUCUCAGUUGAUGUGAUGCAUGACAUUUUGGAAGGGGUGGCCCAGUACGAAUUGAAGCUCUUGUUUUUGUAUUUUAAAGAACACCAUGUAACACAGGGGGAGCUGAAUUCGAGAAUACAAAGUUUUGAUUAUGGAUUCAUGGAAAGAAACAAUAGGCCUAUGUCUGUGAAUUUAGGUGGGGAGUCUAAUGAUCUGGGACUGAAUGCAAUUCAGUCAUGGUGCUUGUUGAGGAAUGCAACACUCCUCUUUGGAGAUUUGGUAACCUCUACUGACCAACAUUGGGGCCUUCUUCUUUUAUUACUACAAAUAAUGAACAUUGUAUUUUCUUCCAUGAUAUCUCAAGGUCUGUGUGUAUAUUUGAAACAUUUGAUUGUGGAACACCACAAACUGUUCAAGAUGUUGUAUCCCCAGAAAAAACUUUUACCAAAGCAACAUUUUCUUAUCCAUUAUCCUCGCAUUAUCCAGAAAAUAGGACCUGUACUUCAUAGUUGGUGCAUGCGGUAGGAAGGCAAGCACAAUUUUUUCAAAAAACAGCUCAAGUCAUUCAAAAAUAUCACCAAAACGCUGGCCAAAAAACACCAGCAUCAUAUGGCAUAUCUUUGGCGAUCUUAAACAACUUUUGGUCGGUUAGACAUUGGUCCUGGGAAAAUGGUGGCUUUGGAAAUGGUAAAAGGAGGUUCUGAAAUUGUCAAGGCAGUGCAAGUGCCUUCCAGUGGUCAAGUUAUGAAAGUGAAUUGGGCUAAACACAAUGGUUUUGUUUACCGCCCACGUCUGGUUAUUUGUGGCAAAGUUGAAUCUGAAAUGCCUGUCUUUUACCAGAUUGAGUCAGUGCUGAUAAUGCAUGACAAAUUGUUGCUGCUCACUUUGCCUAUGUUUACAGUCACUUUUAAAGAACAUAACCAUGCAUAUGAGGUGACCAGGACAAAAAACAAUUUUGUGGUCUUUCAUGCUGACAGCCUGCAUUAUCCAAGGCCUUUUGACAUACAAAUGUCAUAUGGAGGGAAUGACACAGCUCUCUUUGUUUUUCCAUAUUGCUUUAUCUGUUGAGCAAUAAAGCACACUGUACUGUCA